GAAAGACCGAAAAUCAAAACGCGAAUAAUCUGUGCAUACAAAUUUCCAUCAGCAUCAAUUUUCCGGCUUACCCACAUUUUGCCCCAGUAGUGUGUGUGUUUUUUUUCCACAGCUGGUAUUUAAGUCUAUCUGAUUUCAGUUGUUGCUGUUGGUGAUCUUUCGCGAAAUCUCGGCUGCUUCUGCUCUGUUAUGAUGGUUAAGCAUUAGGUCUCCGCUGACAUGUCUGCCGGGUUGGAUGCUCGCUCCGAUUUUUCGGUUGAUCCAUAGCCAGAAGAAAAGAGAUUUUUAUUUUUAAUCUUGUUCGAAACGCAUAACCGGUAGCAUCGCAGCAUCUCGCACUAUUGGCAUACAUCUUUUUUUCCUCGUUAUUCGGUUCACCAGAAGAAAAUGCGCGUUUUUGGUCGUGUGAGCAAUUUUGUUUCGGUUGAUCGUUAGUUGGAACCCGCGUGUGAAACUCUUCUUUUGUGCGGUUAAAAAUUUACACGCCUAGUUCGGUCUCUACAACAGAUUGAAGUUACGUGCCGCCAAACGUCGGAGUCUGGAGUGUGCGGUUUACAAAUUAUCCAGUUAAUUGGUUUAUUAACUUGCUAGAGAACAGUAGCUCUUGAAUGAGCAGAACGGUUCAUAAAUUUUCUCUGGCGCCUAUAUCCCAGAAGAAAAUGCAACCGGAAGAGUACGAAAACACCGGAUGGUUGUCGUAUUUCAGCCGCCAUAAAACAACAUACACGGCUGCGGACAUUCACAAAAUAAGCAACGAGCUGAACAAUGUCUGCAAGAACCUUACGGCGACCCAAUACGCGUACGGUGAACUAAGCAGUGAACUCAAGGCCCUCAAAAGUCUCCAGGAGCAGCAGGAGUACGAGAGGGUGGCCAACAGCAAGUCCAGCAGCUCAUCAAAAUCAACCGAAAAACGAAUCACUCAACAGGCGGACGAAAUAAAAUCUCUCAAGAACGAAUUAGCAGGUUGUAAAAAUGAUCUACUGAAGCAGAUUAACGCGUUGAAAGUGAAUUUGAGUGAGUCGAUCAAGAAGAAGGGUAAGCUCGGGGGAGGGCAGCUCCCAACCGGAGCUUCCCUCAGCAUUGAAAGUAGAAUUAUUGCUCUAGAUGCCCAACUGGAUCAGUUGGCGUCGGAAAAUAGAGACAGGGUCAACUGUCUCGAAACGCGUCUGAAUCUGCUGGAACAGCACCACGAGCAGGAAUGCUCCGGGGCUCUUAAAAAGCUGGAAUCAUCCACCAACCGGAAGUUACAGGACCUAACAAAUCUACUGGUGGAACUUCAACGAAAAAUGGACACCAGUGAAACCAAGCUGGACGAACAGAUAAGAAAUCAAUCCAUGAGCCAGGAUGCGAUCUACGAGGAACUGGAUCAACGAAUGGAUGUGUUCUCGGCCAAGUUGAGAGAACUUCACGCCAGAAUAGCCCAUCUGGGUCAGAGAGAAGAUAUUGGUUCGACUUUUGUUUAAGUUAGCGUGACCUGAGUAGCGGAUGUGAUUCUAGUUAUAUGUUUUAAAAAUGUUCAAGAUGCUGUUACCAACGAUAUUUACAGUUUUAUUACUGUCAUGUUCAGUUCGCUGCAGUGAGCUAGAAAC